UUCUUGUCCAAAUUUCUGCCACAUGGUUUCUGGAUUUAGACCUUCGUACUGUAGUAUGGUUGCUUACAGUGGGUUCGUUGGCCUUCAUUUGGAGGAUGUUACUAAAAUGGUAUGCUGUACAUGCGGGCACCAAGCCAGUAUGAUUGGAUGGAUGAUUGUGGGAGUGACCAUAGAUUUCACAUUGGGCCGCCGUAGACGAGGUUACUCGACCACCAAAAGCCUCAGUUGGUUUCCGAGCAUUUUCUUCCCUUUGCGUGCACCACACUGUUUUCUUUUUCUUCCUGACGUCGGUGGGUGCAGGAGUCUUCACCACCGCGGUGGAUUCCCUACAGCAGAAGGUAACGGCCUCUCAAGUAACCGGCCAUGCCUUCGGUUCUUCCUGGAGUUCAUUGGCGGUGGGAGAAGAAAAGGAUUCGGGGCAGCAGAGGAAUCAGGAAUGGCGUGGAUUUCCCAGUUUGAAUUAAGCCAGGAAAACUACACUUCACUUCAAAUUCUUGUCCACAAAGUACACACAAUUCCCCUCAUCCCUGCACACCACGAAAGGUUCUUCUUAUUUAUUUAUGAAUCACAGAUAUGUAUAUAUACAUAGUUUUGUCAUCCGAUCGAUAUAUCAUCCCAUUCUCUCUCUCCAACUUCACCUUCCGCACCACCAUCAAGCUAUCCUGAACAGCCGAAGCUGGUCCUUUGCCUCUCAACACAUCAUAAAAAAUGUUCGGCCGUGGAAACCGUCGCGCUGAGCAAGCAAUGGCUUCUUGGUUCCCGGGCUGGGGGCCGACCCGCUCACCUCCACAACCAACGAUGACUACCCAAGGGCCAGUGACAACUCAGCCACCAUCUCAACAGAAGCCUUCAGCUGCAGCUGCACCCGCCCCUGCAACUCAGACUCAGGUGCCAAGUUCACGAACCCCAGCUUCUCGGCCACCUCCUCCGUCCCAACCCCCUGCACCGCCCGCUGGUCUGAAGCUACCCUCCCCCACCGCACCAACCUUUCAAGACCCACAAACCACUAGGUCGGUUGCCCGACAACCUCAACCCCGGCGCCAGACCCCACAUAUGCCUACCCCUCCACCCCAGCCAAUGAAGGUUCCGUCCAAGACAGAGCCGCAACUUCAACCGGCAUCACAGGGUCAACCUUCAAGGGCAGUAGACCAAAAAUCUAAUUCCCAGCCACCUCUUUCCGCCGCUCCAGCUACCAUCCCACUUGAUCCUAAUCGCCAACCGGCUUCAACGGUUCCUUCCACGCUACAAACCGCAGCCAAACCCCAGAAACCCCAGCUUGCUUCCUCUUCUAAGGCUCCUGCAACAUCACCGCUCGACUCUAAGCCCCAACCCGCUUCGAAGACUCCUUUGGCAAAGGCAGCAGAGACAGAACCUAUCCUCAAACCGACACAACCUCAACAGACUAUGACGCCCUCCGAUCGACAGGUAGCAGCAGCGGCACCCCCCCAGUCCCAGUCCACCUCAAAAGGAACCAGUGUGUUGCCGCCAACUACAUCCGGCCGGCUUCAUCCAACCGCUACUCCAAUUCAUUCCCAUGGCCAGACAUUUGGAAAACCUCUAACCCAGAUCCAAGACGUUGGACAAGAACCAUCAGUCUCAUCGAAGCCUGAAGAAUCGAAUCACAUUGAGGAACCUGAGCCCAUACCAAAAUCAUCAGACGUUCCCAGGAGCGAAACCAAAGUUGAAAUCCUUACCUUCACUCCUGAAGUAGAUGCACUUACAACAGAUGACAAAGCCGAGGGCAAAGAAGAGGCAGAGAAGUGGGAAAAUCCAAGUAUGAAAUCUCCCGACAGUGUACAUGACCCUGCAACCCUGUCUGCCCACCGAUCGUCAGACGUAAAGACUGCAGUUCAGCGAGAGAAAGAGAAAGAAACCGCCACGAUCGACAAAAAGGCAACUCCGCCGCCGCCACCGCCACCACCACUUAGACAUGUUUCUCUAGGUUCAAGUGACGCAAGAGGGCAAGAAACCAAAACCUUGGUCCAGGUUCGGCAAAAAGAUAAACACUUGGAAAGUGAGGUUUAUCAACAGGAGAAGGCGCGUCAAGGCGAUCAAGGUCUCCGCCGAAAUAUCAAGGAAGGCAUUUCGCGGCUGCACGACAAGCUGAGUGAUGCGCAAAAACCGCACCUUCAAGAAGAUCCGGAUGUCAGGGUCAUUACACUUGCCGGUGAAAAUAAAGGGGCAAUCAUGGACAUAUCGCAUGGAAUCAAAAGAAAAGACGGCACCCUGCACAUCUUUCGAGACUAUAAGGUCAACCGUGAGGAAAAGUCUGAGCAAUCAAGCGAUGAAGAGGAAAGGGAAAAGAAUUUCCAUGAAACGGGGAAGCCUUUCAUGGCAUACAUCAACAACAGCGCUCAGAGCAUCAAUAAUUCCAUCAUGUACCAUAGUUCCUGCAACAAUAACAACCCAGGUGUCCACUUGAGUGUUACCAACAACACCACUGAACCCGCCAGGCAACAGAGCAGAAUUGUCCCAGUUGAGAUUCCCAAUACUCGGCCAAGGAAACUCUUAGUCGAGCCCACAGUGCGAAGAAGGUGUCUUCGUUCCCUCUUCCUUGAAUCCAGCGACUCUGAUCCGGAAAACCCCGAGAAACCUCGUCGUCAUGGCUGCAGAUACGGGUGUCCAGUCCCCAAAAAGGAAACCUCUGCCGCUGCUGGAGCCAGUCACGUUGCCAACGGCCACAAGUGACACACAUGACAUGAUAGGAUCCUUAAAACCUACCAUGCAUUGGUGAGAGAUUCAGAAUAUCAUGUUAUCCACGAAGUUAUCAAUAAAUGCCAACGUGCAUCUGCUUAUCGGUUUCCA